GCCCCGCCCACCCGGGUCUCCCACGGCCAACAUGGCGGCGCCCUGUGUGUCUUGCAGCGCCGUGCUUUCCUGCCGGCUCUCCCUCGGGACUCGGGUCAUCCUCGCCCGGAGCCAAGGGCCAUGGAGAGCUUCGGCGGCCGGCCUACAGGCAGGUACCGGGCCCCAGCUAUCGAGGCCAAUUCACACCACAGUUGUAACAACAAAGAAAAAUGUCCCUGCCUCCAGACGCGAGACAUACACAGAAGACUUUAUUAAAAAACAGAUUGAAGAGUUCAACAUAGGGAAGAGACAUUUAGCCAACAUGAUGGGGGAGGACCCGGAGACAUUCACGCAGGAGGAUGUUGACAGAGCUAUUACUUACCUUUUUCCAAGCGGUUUGUUUGAGAAACGAGCCAGGCCAAUAAUGAAGCAUCCUGAACAGAUUUUUCCCAAACAAAGAGCAAUCCAGUGGGGAGAAGAUGGCCGUCCGUCUCACUUUCUCUUCUACACCGGCAAGCAGUCCUAUUACUCACUAAUGCACGACAUAUAUGGAAAGAUUCUCCAGGUUGAAAAUCAUCAGAAUACGUCGCUACCCAAAAGUCUGGUGCCAGAAAACACUGAAGUCAUAGACCUGAUUGGCAGCAGAUGGCUGAUUAAGGAGGAACUAGAAGAAAUGUUAGUGGAAAAACUGUCAGAUCACGAUCACGCGCAGCUCAUCCGGCUGCUGGAGAAGCUGUUGCGGCUGGCGAGCGGCCCCGCCGAGCAGGAGCUGGUGCACAGAUUCCGCAGGAGUGUGGCCCUGCAGUCCAUGAGCCAGGAGAUCCCGCCCCUGCAGCACGACGCGCAGGGCGCGCCCUUCAGCACCGGCCAAGGUAGAAGAAAGACUGCAGCAGCGGAAGCCAUUGUGUCAGGACAUGGAAACGGGAGGAUCCAGGUGAAUGGCGUGGACUACCUGCGGUACUUCCCGGUCAUGCAGGACAGAGAACAGCUGAUGUUCCCCUUCCACUUCCUGGACCGGCUCGGGAAGCACGACGUGACCUGCACCGUGUCCGGGGGCGGGAGGUCCGCGCAGGCAGGAGCCGUACGCCUGGCCACAGCCAGAGCCCUGUGCAGCUUCGUCAGCAAGGACGAGGUUGAGUGCAUGCGGCAAGCUGGCCUGCUCACCACCGACCCACGCGUGCGGGAGCGGAAGAAGCCCGGCCAGGAGGGUGCCCGCCGGAAGUUCACCUGGAAGAAGCGCUGAGCAUCGUCGCCUGCCCCACUGCCUAGGCUGCAGGCCAGGCCUAGGCAGCGCCACUGCUCUCAGACGCUUUGGGGCUUUAUUCUAAAUGUGCUUUCAUAAAAAAUACCAUUGAAACAUUAAAGUAAAAGUGUUUUCCUUCC